AUGAAAGGAAAUACAUUCUCUUCCCAGGAUAAGAUCCUAAUAAACAGAGCAUCGUGUAGCGAGAGGGCACCUGCAUUAUUAUAUGCUUUUUAAGUAACCAUCACUUUCGUUUUUCUUUCGAUUGACAUAGGAAGAAAUGUACUAAACGAAGUGGGAUAUAUAUAUAUUCAUACAGAAGAACGAGGGCCAGCACCAUGGAGCUCCAAUUAAACCGUGCGGAUUACCUCCAGGUGGGAGUUACGUCACAGAAAACAAUGAAACUGCUCCCUGCGUCCGGACGACGUGCAACUCAAAAGGUAGUCGUCGGGGACCAAGAUGGUAUUAUUACAUGUUUUGGAAUCAAGAAAAAUGAAGCCGUGCCGGUUUUCAAGACCCUGCCAGGGCAAAAGAUCUCGAGGCUGGAACUUGGAGGGGCUCUUGGCACAGUCCAGGAGAAGAUAUUUGCUGCCGCCGGAUCUGAAGUUCGAGGCUUCACCAAGAGAGGAAAACAGUUUCUGUCUUUUGAAACCAACCUUACUGAAAGCAUCAAAGCUAUGCAUAUCUCUGGCUCAGAUCUCUUCCUAUGUGCCAGUUAUAUCUACAAUCAUUACUGCGACUGUAAAGACCAACACUAUUACUUGUCAGGGGACAAAAUCAGUGAUGUUCUCUGUUUGCCUGUGGAGAAAUUAGAGCGCAUCACUCCUAUCCUGGCAUGUCAAGAUCGAGUGCUUCGGAUUCUAGAGGGCUCGGAUUUGGUGUAUGAAAUUGAAGUUCCUGGCCCGCCCUCCGUUUUGACUUUGAAUGGUGGGAAUGGCGGUGACAGUGGAGAAGAGGUUUUGUACGGGACAUCUGAUGGAAAAUUAGGAUUAAUUCAGAUUACAAGGAGUUCCCCGGUGCCCAAGUGGGAAAUAUUCAACGAGAAAAAAAGAGGAGGAAUCUUAUGCCUUGAUAACUUUGACAUUUUGGGAGAUGGUGUUAAGGAUUUACUAGUUGGCCGAGAUGAUGGAUCUGUGGAAGUGUAUGGACUUGACAGUGCAAGCGAGCCUGUCCUCCGCUUUGAGCAUACCUUGACAGAAAGCAUAACAUCGAUACAAGGGGGCUGUGUUGGGAGAGAAGGCUAUGACGAAAUAGUACUAGCUACGUAUUCCGGGUGGAUCACUGGACUUACCACAGAGCCCUUGCAUAAGGAGGCUGGCCCUGGUGAAGAGAUAAAAAUAAGCCAAGAAAUGCAGAACAAGAUAGCUUCCCUCAGAUCCGAAUUGGAUCAGCUUCAGUACAAGGUCCUUCAGGAACGUGAGAGGUACCAGCACUCUUCUCAGUCCAGCACUGCUGUCUCUGCUGUUCCAGUGUUCAGCGUCAAUGACAAGUUUACCCUAAACCGCGAGGAUGCCAGCUACAGCCUUAUCCUGGAAGUGCAGAUGGCCAUUGACAAUGUAUUGAUGCAGAGCGAUGUUCCCGUGGACCUGUUGGAUGUGGAUAAGAAUUCAGCUGUUGUCAGCUUUAGUGGCUGUGAUACAGAGCCAAAUGGCAAUUUCCUUCUUGCUACGUAUCGCUGCCAGGCGAACACAACGCGACUAGAACUGAAGAUUCGCUCAAUAGAGGGCCAGUAUGGAACCCUACAAGCCUAUAUAACCCCCCGAAUUCAACCAAAAACAUGCCAAGUCCGCCAGUACCAGAUUAAACCUCUCUCUUUACAUCAGAGGACUCAUGCUAUUGAUGAAAACAGACCUAUGAACACUUUGAGUCUGACAGGCCAGUUCAGCUUUGCCGAAAUACAUUCAUGGGUAGUGUUUUGUCUGCCUGAAGUUCCUGAGAAAACUCCAGUAGGGGAGAAUAUCACUUUCUACUUUCAAAACACAUUUCUGGACACUCAACUUGAGUGCUCAUACAGAAAAGGAGAAGGCGUUUUUAAAUCUGACAAUAUCUCCACUAUCUCUAUCUUGAAAGACGUACUCUCAAAAGAAGCUACUAAAAGAAAGAUUAAUCUGAACAUCUCUUAUGACAUAAAGGAGGAGUCUGUCGGCCACACUCUGAAAAUGAUUCACCCAAAGCUUGAAUAUCAGCUGCUCUUGGCCAAAAAGGUCCAUUUAAUUGAUGCCCUCAAAGAGCUUCAGGUCCACGAGGGAAACACAGAUUUUCUGAUCCCAGAAUACCGUUCUAUUUUACAAGAGGCUGAAAAGCUCCAGGAAGAGUAUAAGAAGCAGCCUGCCCACCUUGAAAGACUGUAUGGCAUGAUAACAGACCUCUUCAUUGACAAAUUCAAAUUCAAAGGCACCAAUGUGAAAACUAAAGUCCCUCUUUUACUGGAAAUUUUGGACAAUUAUGACCAGAAUGCCCUGAUGACAUUUUUUGAUACUGCUUAAAGAAUUAGCACUUUGCCCCCCCACGUAUAGGUCAUCCUCAGUGAUAGGCUGAAAAUAAUUUGGAUGCGCUGAAAAUACUCAUCUGACCUACUCUAAA